ACAAGUAGUAGGGUCGUGCGUAGUUCAAAAAUAACCAAACAAGGAUGGUAGAGGGCUCCAGCUUGUCUGUUGAGUCUGUGUUAUCUGCCAUUGAUGCGUUGUAUAUGAAUCCAGAUACAUCUGUCAAAGAGCAAGCUUCAAAAUGGCUGUGUGAAUUUCAAAAAUCAGUUUAUGCUUGGCAAAUAUCCGAUCAGUUGCUUUACAUGAAUAGAGAUUUAAAUUCUUGUUACUUUGGAGCUCAAACCAUACGUAAAAAGAUUCAAUGUCACUUUACUGAACUCCCAGUGGAGUCGCACGAAGGACUAAAAAACUCUCUCCUGCAACAUGUCCAAGAACUUAGAGAAAACACUAGCCUACCGAUAGCAAAUCAGUUGUGCUUAGCCGUCGCAGAUUUGUUUUGCCAUAUGGUUCAGUGGAAAGAUGGUAUCAAAGAUAUUGUUUCUAAAUUUUCAGAAACAGACGUCUCCUGUAGCUACUUAAUUGAUAUUCUGAAAUUUAUUCCUGAAGAGAUGAACAGCAGUACUCUUCGACUAGGAAUGAAUCGUCGACACGCUCUUAUGAGUCAGUUUGAAGGGAGCAAACAGUUUGUGUUGGAGUUUCUGUCUCACAGAGCAAAAUCAGAACAAAUGGUUAUCUUAGCUAAAGUAUAUAAUUGUCUUGCAAGUUGGUGGGAUAAUACUGGAGUCAUGGUUGAACACGAUGUACCGAUUGACCCUCUCUUAAACACUGCAUUUGCUAUCCUUCGGAAUCCUUCCACUACUCCUGAAUCAACUUUCGAUGCAGCAUCUCAGUGGGUGCUAGCACUUUUAUACCAGUGUAAGCAACUUAGCAACUCAAACAGUGAAUUACUGCGUUGGCUUCAAGAAAAUAUUUACAGUCUAGUUAGUGUUGUGCAGGAAUGUUCCAAUUCUGUCGCGUCUGCGUUGGGAUCAAUUCAACAACAAGAACAGCUUGAACUGUACAAAGAUCGGUGUACUUGUUUGGCUCACAUUUUCUCGUCAUUAGCCAGAACUUUACGGCCUCCUCUAGUAGAUCAGCCCACUAGCCCUGGAUCUGGUGGUCUUGGAGACUUGCGUACUAUGGAGUGUAUUCUUGUAGUUCUUGAAAUACCUCCUCCUCUCGGUAGUCGUGAAUUGGCAUCUAUUACAUUCCACGCCUUACAUUCGUUGGCUGAUGAUGCAAUUCGACACCGGUCCAUGAGUGCUGCAGUAUCUGUGAAUCAGGGCCCCUUGGAAUCUUCGGUUAACAACUCUAAUACCUCUACUGGCUUGGCACGCCCAAUUGCAGCCUUAAUUCCUUACUUCACUCGCGUUGUGGUUGCGUUAACUAGUUACUGUCCUAGUAAUACAUCCGACUUAGAAAGCACCGAUGAAUUAAGAGAUUUUCGUGAGGAUGUUCAUGAUCUCAUGCAAGAUAUUCUGGGUUUGGUUGGGGCUGAGGCUAUUUUUGUCGAGCUAUACAAUUAUGUACAGAAGCUGCAAAUGUUAGCUAUGUCUGAGAAUGCACAGGCGUCGGCAUAUGAAGUGCUUCGAGAGUCUGAAGCAUGUCUGUUCAUGCUUACAACUGUUGCUAAACGUCUAUCUCCUCGUGAUCCUGAAGGACAUAUUUCGAAUCUUAUAUCAAAAUUAGUACUCCCAGGUCUCACAGGACCAUGCCCUCCUGCUCUUCAAGAAGUCGGUUGUAUGCUGUAUAUGGAGUUGGCUCAUUGGGCUGCCUGCCAUCCUCAGCUCCGGCGUCAAAUCGUUAACCAGCUGAUUGAGAUCAUCGAGAAGUCUGCUGGCGUUGAGUCCCAAUCUUUACGGCCAGGUCAAAAGCUUGCUGUUGGAGCAGCACUUUCAGCUCUUGGUUCUUUAUGUGCUGUGUAUCGCGCAACCCCAACAUCUACACCUAACGGAGAUGUUUCUACUCAUUCCCCUUGUAACUCCGAUUCUCUUCGUCUUGCUCUAAUUGACGAACAUUGGCAAGAUUUGGUCAAUCGAGUUGCCUACAAUCUACCAAGACUUGCUUGGGUUCCUAUCCAUGAUGCUACUCAUUUUUUCGCUGGUAUUGGACGAGGUCUAAUAUGCUCUGUGGGCACAGGUGGUGGGGGAGUUGAAUUCGACCCUCGAGUGUCUAGACAAGCUUUUCCGAUGAGAGUAGCACAAAUAUGUAGCGUCAGCUUGGAAUGUUUAUCUAAGCUGAUGGAUGGUAAUGUCCCUAUCGAAGGUUCAGAUACUCUCAGUGAUCCCCGUGUAUGGCUUGAUUACCUAGCAGCACUGUUUCGUACUUUCAAUUGCCUUUUACGACGUUUGGGAAACCCAAGUUCUAGUCAGUGGGACACAAGGGAACGCAACGCUGUUGAUCGUACUACGUCCGAGUUGGUGCUUUCUGCUCAGAAUUGUUUAGCUGAAUGCUUGCAGUUAGUAAGAGAAGUAAUAUGGCCAGUUGUUACCCGUGUACUCACACAUUAUGCCUCGCGCAUGCGUCCAAUGGAGCAUGUUUGUCGUCUCAUACGUUUCAUUGUGCGUUGUUUUUCUGUGCACUUACGAGAUCUUCUCCCGGAGCUUGCUGAAAAAAUUGUACUGUCUUACACAACUGGAGGACAACAUUCAAGUUUUCUCUAUUUAACAAGCGUGCUAGUUGAUGAAUUCGGAGAACAAUUAGAUUGCAGAGUCGGUUUAGUUAACGUGUAUGAGGCAUUGAGUGGUCCAACACUGAAAUCUAUCUCUGGUUCUGGCCUUAUACAACAACCGCAUACUGUGGAAGAUCUAUUUCGGUUAUGCACCCGACUUGUACAACACUGUGCAGCUGUUUUUCUCACCAGUAGCAGGAUCAAUUUGAAUGAACUCUGCGAUACCGCUGUCUCUUCUCUAAAUCUGUGUUGUACCGGCCCUGGUGCUGGUUCGUCUAGUGAUGAUACACCGGAUCCAAACUCAUCUAAUAAUGAUGAAUCGAGUUCAUCGUCAGCUUCUACCAGCGCAUCAGCUGCAGCUGCUCGAUUUUUCAUCGAACUUAUCAUUUUUACGAACGAGGCAUGUGAGGAGACACCAAUUCAGGUUGUACAGAUUUUGGAGUCUGGUAGACAUCUUCCUACUCCCUCUUGCCAGUCAGCUCUAGCUGCUCAAAAUGUUAUUGUGUGGUUAACUUACUCCAGGCCUACGCAGCCUACUGAUCCUAGUAAUAUGAAUAGUUGUUGCGGCGGACAACGGUUAGUUUCAGCAUUAUUGCAAGCAUGUUGUCUUGGAUUAAUGGAUGAAAGGUUUCCCGAGAUGGCGGAUAUUUUAUAUCACCUUAAGGUCAUGAUUAAUCAAGAAAUGUUUCUUAACUGGCUGAAGAACGCAGUAGCCAAUUUGUCAACUAUGCGUACUGAUGGUUUAGUCCAAGCUACACAAGACCAAAUUACCGAUUUUCAAGAUGUUGUUAUGAAUUCAUCCCGGAGUUCAACGAUCGUACAUGCACUUGAUUCAUUUUCAAGAUUGUUCCGAUGAAUUAUGCUCCCUGUAUACAAUUUUCAGUGUAUAAAAAGUAUUCAUCUCUCACUUUGCACUAUUUUAAAACAAGCUUCUACCUUUAUUCUAGAUAUCUUUGUUGUUAUGAGCAAUUUUAACCAAUGUAUUUUAAAACCUUAUAUAUAGCCACAUUUCGAGAAUUUUUCCAAUCUCCUUGAACCUACUCUUUUUAUCCUUAACUAUAUGCAGAAUCCAGUCAAUUUGGUUAUAGUAAAUGAGCUAUUUAAAAUCAAAGAGAACAUUUUAAUCCGGGUAUUCAGCUUUAUUACCAUUAUUACUGACUUAGAUUUCACAGAUUAUCAAACCUUAUGAACGGCUUAAUAAUUUUCCAUAGCAUGGCGAUAUUGGGAGUAAAUAAUAAUGUUUGUUUCACCAGGCUUUACAAAUCGAUCUUUGAAACUAAAAUAUAGUGAAGGAAAAAUCCUAACGAUAUCUGGUCAAUUGAUAUACAUGUUUAGGAGCACAUCAUGUCCUACUCAUAAUAUUGAAGCUUUAUUUUUAUGGACUUUUUAUGCCAUCCAAAUGGAUUCAAUUCAUUUGGCUUGAACGGGAAGAAUGGUCGAGCCAAUUCUACAAAUACGCUAUAUACUUGAAUCAAGUCAAGUAGUUGAAUCACAUUCACGAGUCGUGACAAUAAACAUCCGUAGGAUAUUUUCCGAAAUAGUCUUCAGGGUGGGUUAUAUGACAUGGUUCCGGUUUAGAAGCAAUUUGUCUCACUACAAAUAUUACUAGAGUGUAUUUCUAAGGUUCACCAUCCCGGUAAUAUAAAUCCUGGAAGAAGAAAAGUUUGAGAAAUUGUUAGAGAUGAGCUGCUGAGUGGAAUAAAAAAUGGGAUUCGUCUAAGAAAGCGUACGAAAUCGAAUAUUCGCCAGUUGCGUCUUCAAAACAAGGGAGCAUUCGAGUAGGUUAAAUGAUGGUUGCAAAAUCAUGCCGCCAGAUCAUUGAAGCAUGUUACGGAAUUAUUUAUUUGAACACAAAUAUUAGUACAAAAAGGUAGCGAAUAUAUAUGUGCCAUAAGUCCCUUAAUUUGUGUGGGCUGCGAUACUGUUCGGGUGCCUAAGUCGAAGCAGGUAUUUUUUUAUUACUCGUGGCAAAUCAGUAUGAUACAGAGAUACAUUAUUCACAGUCUUGUAUUUCUCACUGCAUCUAACCUCAUUAGUCUUUUCCUGUUGUACAAGUACUAUAUAGCAGUUCGUUUCGCAGUCGUAACAUUGGAACAAGUAACAGUAACAGGAUUUUGUUAGGUUAUUAUAUAUUGUAAGAGGCAUCCUUUUUUGCUACAGUUCGUUUAACUAGACCAGAAAUUAAUUUGUAAGAGCAUUAUCUUGGAACAUUUUAUCGACAUUUUAAAGAAUCUGGAAAUGUUCAUAACCAAACAUUGGAUAUAAACACACUGGUCAUUCAAAUGAACUAGAUCAACUUCAAACUUUGAGCAAUCUAAACGUCCGAAUAUUUACCAACUACGAAGAAAUUCUGACUAAUUUCUCAAUUAUUACAGUACACUAUACUCCUUCAUAAGAAUUUUCGACUACGUCGAGAGCUUUUUGUUGCGUAAUAAUUGUUCCAGAAUGUUGAUAUUCCCAUGUUACGGCAACACACUUAUUACUACUCAUGAUGAUAGCUAGAGAACUUAGAUGCUUCGUAAUUGUUUGCCGUAGUGUGGAUGUAUUUAUUGUUUAGUUUCUUCUAAAUCUUUUCUUAAUCUACUUUUAGCUUCUAGGCUUCUUAAUUUUAUUCGUUUUUGUACUUUACUUUUAAAAUUUUGGUCUUUGUAAUAAAAUAUCGACAGU